UUGCUAUAGCUUCUGUUGUAUAUCCCAUAUAUCCAUCCAUGGCUCCACAAAGUGGAACUGAGAAACCAAUGUUUGCGUACAGUUCUAUUACCUGCCAGGCAAAGAGUGGGUGGAGUUGGACCUUGGUGGGGCUGAGACUGCUGGCGUUUCUUGCCACAGCUGCCGCAGCUGUCGUGAUGCUACUCAACAAACAAACCAAAACUCUUGUGAUUGCCACCGUUGGGACCACCCCUGUCAAACUUACUCUCACGGCCAAGUUUCACCACACCCCAGCAUUUGUGUUCUUUGUUGUAGCUAACGGACUGGCCAGCAUCCAUAACUUGCUAAUGCUAAUGGUGGAUUUGUUCGGGAGCAAGGUUGAUUACAAGGGACUCCGAUUUGCCAUGAUUGCCAUUUUGGACAUGCUGAACGUGACGUUGGUGUCCGGUGGAGCGAACGCGGCGCUGUUCAUGGCGGAGCUGGGCAAGAAUGGGAAUUCCCAUGCGAGGUGGGAUAAGAUUUGUGAUAAAUUCGGAAGGUUUUGUCACCGUGGCGGCGGAGCUCUCAUCGCCUCAUUCGCUGCUCUAGCUCUAAUGCUUGUCAUCUCUGUCAUCUCCAUAGUUAAAGUUCUCAAGUCCAGUAAAUAAAUGCUCGUUAUGUUCUUCUUCUUCGAUCCUAAACACUAAACACUAAACCUCGAUCAUUUGUAACGCACCUCAACUUUAAUUAUAUUUAAUUAUUUUCAAUUUAUAUUGUCAUAUAAAAAAUAUUGUCAAAUUCGAUGUUCAAUGAACGUAUAUAAAAUCUCUUGUCCG